AGUAUCAGACUGGGUUGCUCUUUGGACUCCACCUGAAAUGAACUACUAUAAUCUGCCUUAUCCGGGACAGACUAUCAUAGGAAAAUCUUAUAAAUCUCCGCUUUUUCCAAACAAAAUUCUAUUUCAACACUUCGUUCCGAUCAACAUAACAGCCGAUUCACGAUCUCCAUCAAAAAAACAAAAUACUUUUGUAGCCUGUACUGGUUGUACCUUUUAUGAGGAAUCACAAU